AAUCACCAAAAUAUGUGGAGCAAAAAGUGCAGAAAAACCCAACAAAUUGCAUUCUCCAUUUCUUGAAAUGGCCAUUCUUGAUUUCUUGAAACAAAGGUUUGUUUCCCUUCACUUCUUGAUAUAUAAAGUUGCAAUCUUUAUAACUUUCUAUUGCUUUGCUAGUGUUUUUGUUGCUAUAUAUAUAUAGGGGUGGAGUUAGAGUGUAAGUUACGCGUUAGUCGAAUUCAGUAACUUUAGUCAAACUCUGUAAUUUAGUAAGUUAAAAAAAUAUUAGAAUUCAGAAUUCAUAAACUUUAAAUUUUGGCUUCGUUAGUUUGUGACUAUACAAUAAUAGAAAUUGAGAGUGGCCAUUGUUGAAAGAAAGAUGGAAUUUGUAAGCCAAGAAAGAGGUUAUUCCUUGAGUUAGGAGAAGUUGGUUUGCUUUGUUUGUGGUUUUUUUUAUAAUCUUUUCUACAGAAGGGAAAGUGGGUAAUAUUGUUUGGAAGUGGAAAUAUACUCUAGUGGGAAUCUACUAGGAGUAAUUUAGUUUCUAUAAACUAAGCAAAGUUUGGAAGGGGACAAAAAGAAAGACAAAAAUCUUGGAAUUGUUUUAGAAAACCAAGGUUUUCUUGCUCAGAAUGUCUGUUGCCUUGUUAUGGGUUGUUUCUCCUUGUGAGGUCUCAAAUGGGACAGGAUUCUUGGAAUCAGUCCGGGAGGGAAAAAGUUUUUUUGAUUCAUUGAGGCAUAGGAAUUUGGUGUCCAAUGAGAGAAUCAAUAGAGGUGGUGGAAAACAAACUAAUAAUGGACGGAAAUUUUCUGUACGGUCUGCUAUUGUGGCUACUCCAUCUGGUGAACGAACGAUGACAUCGGAACAGAUGGUCUAUGAUGUGGUUUUGAGGCAGGCAGCCUUGGUGAAGAGGCAGCUGAGAUCUACCGAUGAGUUAGAAGUGAAGCGAGACAUACCUAUUCCUGGGAAUUUGGGCUUGUUAAGUGAAGCAUAUGAUAGGUGUGGUGAAGUAUGUGCAGAGUACGCAAAGACGUUUAACUUAGGAACUAUGCUAAUGACUCCCGAGAGAAGAAGAGCUAUCUGGGCAAUAUAUGUAUGGUGCAGGAGAACAGAUGAACUUGUUGAUGGCCCGAAUGCAUCAUAUAUUACCCCAGCAGCCUUAGAUAGGUGGGAAGCUAGGCUAGAAGAUGUUUUCAAUGGGCGGCCAUUUGACAUGCUUGAUGGUGCUUUGUCCGAUACAGUUUCCAACUUUCCAGUUGAUAUUCAGCCAUUCAGAGAUAUGAUUGAAGGAAUGCGUAUGGACUUGAGGAAGUCGAGAUACAAAAACUUCGACGAACUAUAUCUCUAUUGUUAUUAUGUUGCUGGUACGGUUGGGUUGAUGAGUGUUCCAAUUAUGGGUAUCGCACCUGAAUCAAAGGCAACAACAGAGAGUGUAUAUAAUGCUGCUUUGGCUUUGGGGAUCGCAAAUCAAUUAACCAACAUACUCAGAGAUGUUGGAGAAGAUGCCAGAAGAGGAAGAGUCUACUUGCCUCAAGACGAAUUAGCACAGGCAGGUCUAUCUGACGAAGACAUAUUUGCUGGAAGGGUGACCGAUAAAUGGAGAAUAUUUAUGAAGAAGCAAAUCCAUAGGGCAAGAAAGUUCUUUGAUGAUGCAGAGAAAGGAGUGACAGAAUUAAGCGCACCUAGUAGAUUCCCUGUAUGGGCAUCUUUGAUCUUGUACCGCAAGAUUCUCGACGAGAUUGAAGCCAAUGACUACAACAACUUCACAAGGAGAGCUUAUGUGAGCAAAUCAAAGAAGUUGAUUGCAUUACCUAUUGCAUAUGCAAAAUCUCUUGUGCCUCCUACAAGAACUAUCUCUCUUCUAAGCUAAAGAAUGAAAUCAAGAUAUAUAUAUAUAAAUAAAAUCAAGGCUAAUUAAGCAAUAUACAUUAGAAAAAAAAAGGAAGAAGAAAUAUUGUUGUAUUGAUAUAAAUGUAUAUCAUCAAGAUUAGGUUGUAGUAAAAUUCAAUAUAACAAUCUCUCAUAGUUGUAACUUUUCAACAAUUAUCUGCUCCGUACUUGGCUACUCAGGAUUUUAGUGUGGGCACGAUAAUUGAUAUACCAAAUUCAUUUUUGGUUCAUUGGAAAAA